AUGCCGCCGCGCAAGCGCCCCCUAGAACCGUCCUCGGGCAUGCCACCACCACCGGACGUCAAGCCCGUCAUCCCCGCGGCGAAGCCCGCCGCCGCUCCCGUCCCCGCCGCCGACGCGCCGGAGAUACCGCCCAUCUCCGCCGCCAUCCUCAACAACCUGCCCCCGUCGGAGCGCGACGUCUACAAGCGCGUCUACCUGGCGGGCAACAAGGGCAUGUGGAGCCAGGACCUGCGGCGCGCGACGCAGCUGACCACGGCCAGCCUCAGCAAGUCCACGCGCGCGCUGGUCCAGCGGGGCAUCCUCAAGGAGGUCACGGACGUGCGCCACCGCGCCAAGAAGGUGUUCAUGGACGCGCGCAUCGAGCCCGCGCCGGAGAUCACCGGCGGCACCUGGUACCACAACGGCCAGCUCGACACCGACGCCGUCGCCGCCGUGCGCCGCAGGUGCCUCGACCAGGUCGACAGGCUCGGCGCCGCCACCCCGGACAUGGUCCACAAGGGCGUCGAGCGGGACGACCCCAGGGCCGGGUACACCAUCGACCAGAUCAGGGACAUCCUGCAGACCAUGGCGCUCGACAGGGUGCUGGAGGAGCGCAAGAGCACUGGGGAGGGGGAGUUUAGCGCGGUCAGGGCCGGAAGGGUGUGCUACCGGAGGGGCGGCGCGCCACAGGGCGGUAUGAUGGAGGGGAUCCCCUGCGGGGUUUGCCCCAGGAUGGACGAGUGUUCGCCGGAUGGCGUCAUCUCGCCGACCACCUGCGUCUACUACAAGAAGUGGCUGCAGAUGGACUUCUAGGCGUGCGGAUAAUCACCUGGGAAUUAUCAAAUGAGCGAGCAGGU